AUGUGUGAAGAUUCAACCAAACUGAAACAGCAUCGAGUGCCAGAGCUUAACAAGUACCUCAAGCACCAUGGACUACACCAACACAUCAAAAGCCCUAAGAACGACAAGGCGAAGGUAAUCGCAAGGCAUUGGCUUCUCCAAAUGAAUCCUGAAGGCCCUUAUCCAUUAAUGUUGCAAACACGACUGAGAGAAAGAGAUGGAGCUGAUAAAGAAUCCUUACAAGACAGUGACAGCGAUGAAGAUGAGUACAGCAGAAGUGAAAGCAGUGAUAAUGCUAAGAACGACAAUGAUUCCAUCAACUCUGGAGGUGAAGAUGUCAUCCUUGCCUUUAUUGAUGACGAGGAAGAAGUUUAG